GUUCUUGUAGCAGCGUACAGUGACUAAGAUCCCAUUGACCAGUCAUGUCUGCCUUCAGAAUUAAUGCAUCUUCAGGAAAUGAGGCCAAGAGUGCCACCCUGGGUUCAGUUACUAGGCAGAAUGUUAUACAAGACACAAAUAAAAGGAGAACUCUUCUUCAGGACAGCAGCUGGAUAAAAAACAAACCAACAGAAGAAGAAGAUAAAAGCAAAGAGGAGAACUUUGGAAGAAGUUUACUGAAUCACUACAAAUCCCAGGACAAUCUGGACAGGCCUCAAGAAGAUGAAGGAACAAAACGCAUACAUAAUAGGUUUAAGUCUGAUGAUGCUUUGGACAGAAUUCCAUCUAAAAGUGCCUCUGAAAGAGGAAACAAAGCUGCAACUUUGGAAAGAUUGCCCAUGAGUGGUAAAUCAGAAUAUGAAAAUAAGAGACAAUCCUGGGCUCCUGGAAGUAGAACAACGACGACAGCUAUAACAAGUACAGAGGAUAAAAGGAGAUCAUGGACACCACUGAACAAGAGCACCAUUACAACUACUGAGACAAAACACAUCAACCAACCCACUGAUAAGUCAACAACAGCAAGUUGGGUUGACAGUGCCAAAUCAAGAUUUGAAAAAUCAGAAGAAAAACUACCUGUACAAACAUCUUCAUCUUCAGUAAGAAGUAGCAUCAGCUCUGAAAAAUCAAAAGUAGUACCACGUUCACCUACUGUCAACACUGAUAACAGAAACCAAAACAUUGAUAAUUUUAUUGAAGUGUCAAACACAAAAAUAAAAAGCACUAAAGGCACUGACGAGCUUGACAACCUUAUUGACAUCAAGCCCUCGGCUAUCAAAGAGAAACCCAGGACUGAUGAUCUUGACAAACUUAUUGAGAUAAAGCCUUCUUCUAUUAAAGCGAAACCCAGGACUGAUGAACUUGAAAACCUUAUUGAUAUCAAGCCAUCUGCUAUUAAAACAAAACCCAGAACGGAUGAUCUUGACAACCUUAUUGACAUCAAGCCCCCUGCUGUGAAAGGGAAAACCAGUUCGAAUACCAUUUUAAGAGAAGAAGACCUGGAUGACUAUAUUCAAGUAAAAGGGGAUGCCAAAAAUAUUCGUUAUAGGGAUGAAGCCACUAAAAAUGUAAUUGAAAGUAAAAAACCUGAAGCCAAACCAAGAUCACAAAAUCUUGAUACCCUUAUUGAUGUUAGAAACACCUCCAAUAAAUCUAACAAGGGGGAUCAAGGUCUGGAUGAUCUCAUUGCAAUUACUGGGGAUACAAACAAAGGGACAGUAAAGCCAACAUCUACCAAUACCAGCAAUGUGACAAGCCGAAGUUCUACAACUUCUCACACAUUUACUGAGGAUAAUCAGAGGGUUCCAAGCAGAAGCUCUACUACAACUUACACAGUGACUGAAGAUACUCAGAAUGUACCAAACAGACGUUCAACCACAACUACUAAAGUUACUGAAUCUGUCGAUUCUGGAAGCCGCCGUUCAACAUCUUACAAUGUCAGUGAUAAUUCUGAUGCACCAAACCGACGUUCCAACGUCAGCUAUACUCAGGAAACAAGCUAUUCGUCUCCUCCAACUAAUACUUAUGUCUACAAAACAUCAUUUGAGGACAGCAGAGAUCCAGCUCUUAAUAGAUCAUACGAAAACAAUAUUGCAGCAAACUCUAUCAAAACAGUUUAUUCUACUUCUGACCGGUCAGUUAUUGAAAAAGAUAUGUGUACCUUCUGCCGCAAGCCACUUGGAAUUGAUGCCAAGAUGAUCCUCAAAGACUUAAACAUAUGCUGUCAUGCAUCUUGCUUUAAGUGUGAAGUAUGCAAAGGAGAUUUAGGAAACCUGAGAGCUGGCGAUAGCAUAUGGAUCUAUAAGCAGGCUAUUCACUGUGAACCUUGCUACUUUUCUGCAAGAGAGAAAUGGAUUAUAUAAUUCAAUCACUGCAAACUCAAGUGAACCAAGAUAAAGACAAGAUCUUGAAUAUGGAUUACCUAUCACACGCCUAUUUAUCCACACAUAUUAAUUUUAACAUUACCAUUAUACUGAAUUUCUGUUUGGGUGUCCUAUUGGUGUUACAAGAUUUAUAUACAAAGAAACAAUAUAAACAUAAUCUAGUUCUCAGAGAUCAUGCUUGUGCUGCCUCCUGUUAAGCUAUAUGUUGCCCUUUCCUCUAAGCAUAGGUUCAUUCUUGGUAUGUAUCUGCUAGAGUUACCCACCAAUUAUUAACAUGCAAGUGGACUUUGUGGAUAAGAUUAUGGUGGUGUCGGUGCCCCAAAAAUGUGAUCUUAUAUCUCCAUCUGAAUCAAUAAAUACAAUGCCGUGUCCCAAAGCAUGUAUCCCACUGUGUAAAAUGUUAAACACAUUUAAUAAUUCUAUUAACAGUAAUGUUACAGUAAGCAUGGUAGUUACUUCAGUAGCCUUCCUGUGCCAGUAUUCUAAUACACAUACACCAAACAUCUUAUAUGUGGCACAGAAGACAGUAGCCCUUGGGUAUAGCUAAUGGCUUAUCCUGCAUGAAUGAAUCAUGUUACUAUCUUGUUCAAAAACAAGUCUCCUGUGUCUUAUAAAUACUGGUGGGAUUUGGAUAGUGCUCUAAAAGCAUAUUCCCUUCAAAGCAGUACUUGUAUUGAUACAUGUUACAUAGGGUGGUUUAUGGCCUUGCUCAUGUAGGAUAUGUAUAACCAACCUGCUACAACUAAUGUAUUUUUUCAAAGGACCAUUAUGUUAAUUACAUUGUACUAUAUAUAUGUACUGUAUGUGUUUUUGUUUAAUAUUGAAAUGUUUGAAUUCUUUCUUAAAUGUCUCCAGUUUGUUUCUAUGUUUGUUGAUAUAUAUUGGGUGCUUUCUUAACAAAUUCCUCAUGCAUGAAUUCUUAAAAAUAAAAAUACAUUCACAGAAA